AAGAUGAAUGGGAGAUGAACAACCCCCUUUUCAGUUUUCACUUUACUCUCUGCCCUUUUAUGUAAUUGGCUUUUUCCUUAAUCCCUCUGUUCACCAACUCCUGAUGAAUCCUCUUCCUCCUUUUCACAUCUGCUAAAGAUAAGAUUGCUCUUUCACUACACCACCACCUGGUCCUAGAUCAUUUUCACCCUCUCUCUCUCUCUCUCUCUCUCUCUCUCUCUCUCUCUCUCUCUCUCUCUCUCUCUCUCUCUCUCUCUCUAUGUGGAGUUGCAAGGUGCGAAAGUUGAGACUUCAUUUGGUCUAGCUAUAUGAAGGCCCAACUGCUCUGUUCAACAAAUUUCAGUACAAAACAAUGAAUCCGAAGAUGGAUGCUGCUGCAGGUAGUGGGCUCAAAAAGCCUAAGAGCUUGCUCCUUCCUCAAACCAGCCUUGCCUGCGUUGAAUCUUUGAGCAUGCCCCUUGUCCAGGAAGUUGUUCUCUCGGCAGAUUUCCAAUGUGCCGAGUGUCGAAAGAGGAUUUCUGACAUAAUGUCAAAAAUGGCUGAGAUGGAGUCAAUCGAGGUAAGUGUGGUGGGGAAGAAGGUGACACUGACUUGCAGAUAUCCCAGUGUGGUCAAAGCGCCAACACCCCUCAGCAAAGUUGCCAUGAUCGCUCGGCUGUUUCGCAGGAAACAUCCAUAUUGGGAUUAGUUCUUCUCUUUGGUGUGUCGUGAAAUAAGCAGUAUGUGUAUAUUAAUUUCCAACGAUGGUGAAAAGAUGGGUGUGAAGGGGCGACGGGUUGAGAGGGGAAAAGCUAAAAUUUGUGAAUACUUUUCUUCUUUGUUCAGUUUUCCCUUGGAUUUUCAUUUUGGUUGUACAGAACACAUAGAGAUAUAUGGAAGAUGCUGUGACCCAA